AGCAAACCCGUGCAGCGCGUGUCCACACUUCAUACGCGAAGUAUUACACCCACCUGCCACACAGCGUCCAUUUGUGGACGGCUGUGGUCAGCGGCGUUGGCUUUUGCCGCCAUUUCGGGCAAACGAUGCGACGGCACGCAACAUUUGCCGCCACUCACGCACUACCAUGCACACAUAGCGGCAUUUAGCUAGAAUUAGACCCACACAAAUGCUGGUUUGCCCCAAAUCCAAAUCCGGCGCGUGCGGCCCACAAGCAAAGCGGCACCACCAACCCAGGCAACGCGCCGUAUUUGUGCCUAUUUUUAUUUUGCAUUUAUUUUUCUUCUUAUUGUUAUUGGAGUUUUUACGUUUUCAUUCACAAUAUCGUGAGUGUCGGUGUUAUUGUUGUAGCGCGCAUUUAAAGCGCGACGUUAGUUGGCGUAAGUGGUGCCUAAUUUUGGGAAAGUCAACUUCUGUCAACAGCCAGCGCUACCGCCGCUUACGGCAAAGUCCAAUGCGCCAAGCGCUGCUUGUGUUGUGUGCUCCAAAAACAUUCGUUGGCGGUGGCGGACGCCAACUACGUACUGUUAGUUUCCUACGCGUCUGUGACACAAGCAAACAGCUGGGCGGCUAUUCAUUCAUAUUCCAUGAAUGGCUGCAACGUAAUUGGAACGAUUUUUUUUGAUGACUUCACUAGCGUGUUUGUUGACUGUCGUGUGACGCCUUCCACUCAUUGCAGGCAUUAUUCAUGUGUCUGUUUUUGGACAUUGUUUGUUUUGGAAGAUUGCUUUAUGGCUGUGUGAAUGUGGGUAGUACAAUUUUGGCAGCAAAGCGCACGUAAUGUGGAAAUUAAAAAAAAUGAAACUAGUACAAUUUCAUAAGAAAAUUCAUAAAAUUCAUCAUUAGAUAAUUAUUAAAGCGCUGCGCGUAUAUCGCCUUUCUCGAACGACCUUGCGCGCCGCGCACAUUCUUGUGUUGCACGAGCCAAUCAUAGGCGCCUUGAAAUUUCCACCCAGCGCGUUGAUUUUUCGGCGGCCGUACGCGCUGCUGCAUAGGCCUAUGGCUGCCUUUGGCAAAAUUAGUUUAACCUAACCGCACAUUCAUAAAUACCGCAAUAAAGUCUGCAUGUGUGCGCGCGCUUAUUUUUAACUAAUGCGCUGCUAUUUUUGGCCAUUUCUCAAAUUGGUCAGUCAGACAUUUAUUUUUUGGCCAAGUGUGUGCACAAGUCACAUAACAACACAAAUUUUGCGCGACGCGCUUUCAUUAAGCGACUACAAAUUUCACUACACCUUAUUGUUGUUUGCGCACUUUUUUGGUGGCAUUUAAAGGCAUUUAACGCCAUUGGCGCGGCCGCCAGACGUGGUCGGCGCGCGGUGCUGCUGUAACGUUUAGCGGAUGGUGUUGGUGUUGGCGCACGGCGGCGACGCGCAAAUACGCAAGGCAUUUCAUUUCGGACGUGCAGGCGUUUUAUUUAUAGUUGCCAACACAUUCACCACACUUAAAAUAACGCACGCGAUUGUCGCCGCCACGCCACCUUGCCAACGCGCCACCGCGCUUGUUGGCCGAGUGCCAUAAUUGCGGCCACGCUAUGUAUCCAAUUAAAGCGCGUACCAUGCAAGGCGUGCGCGAACGUGCGCCACACUGCCAAUGGCAUUAAUGGAUACAGCGCAGUCACAUUACCGACAGCUGUACAGGCCAAAACAGGCGCGCGUGUUUGUGGAGGUGGUGCGCAGUAAAAGCGACGCGACGCCAUGCUCAGUGAGGGCCAUUGCGCUGCACACCCGCGUUGUGUGGUACACGUAUGGAAAAUGCAUUACAUUGUAUGCGGCGGCACAGUUAGACAGUUUUAUAGUCGAACAAGCCGAUUAUGGAAAAACGCCGACGCGCCCGCAUUAACAAUUGCCUAAACGAGCUGAAAACGCUGAUUCUGGACGCCACAAAGAAAGACCCUGCGCGUCACUCCAAAUUAGAAAAAGCCGAUAUUUUGGAGAAGACUGUCAAGCACUUGCAAGAACUGCAGCGCCAGCAGUCCGCCAUGCAGCAAGCUUCAGACCCUAAGGUCAUCAACAAAUUCAAGGCCGGCUUUGCCGAUUGCGCCAACGAGGUGAGCCGUUUCCCCGGUCUGGACCCGACUGUGAAGCGUCGUCUGCUGCAGCAUCUCAGCAAUUGCAUUAACGGUGUUAAAACCGAAUUGCAUCAACAUCAACGUCAAAUGGCUAGCGCCAGCGCACAAAUGUUGCCCUCACCGCCUAGCUCACCCGAGCAGGAUCCGCAUCAUCUGCAACAACAACAGCAUGUUGCUGCUGCUGCCGCCGCCGCCGCCGCAGCGGCCAGCGGUCAUCCCUUCCUUGUGGGCACACAACUGCAGCACACAAUGAAUGGUUAUUUCCUGCCUAACGGCAUGCAAGUAAUACCCACCAAAUUGCCAAACGGCAGCAUAGCGCUGGUAUUGCCACAACAACAACAACAUCACCUACAACAACAGCAAGCGGCGCAAGCGCAACAGCAGGCUGCACACCUGCAACAACAAGCACAACAACAAUUGAGCGCUGCGCAAGCUGCCGCCCUAAUGUCAAUGCCCAGCCGCACCGCCUCGACCAGCUCAGCUUCGUCGCACAGCUCAUCCGUCUACGAGCGCGCGCUUUGUUCGCCCACUAACAGCGUCGCACAUUAUGCGCCUCCCAGCCCCGCCAACUCAUAUGAGGCUAUGGACUGCAAACCCUCAGUCAUACAGCAUGCGCCUACACUAUCACAACAACAGCAACAACAAUUAAACCAACAACCACUUUCGUUGGUCAUCAAGAAGGAUAUCAAAGUAGAGGAUGAGCAACCUUGGCGCCCGUGGUGAAGUGUUUUCCCCACCCUCGUUGGUGAAUCACUCAAGUGACUGAUAAACGCCCCCGCGUAAUAAUAGUGUGGGGCGUCUAAAAUAUAUACCAAAGCGGCGUAGGGCCCUUUAGUGGCUGGCGUAGCAGGCAGAGCGUUCGACAGCUAUUGGCACUCCUCCCCGGCCGACAUUCGGCGGUCCAUGCCAGCUGUUUAUUUGUUUGGCAAAUACGGACACUGGUUAAAUGCGCUGGCGUUGCGUCGAUAGCCGCAACGUACACUCAUUCGUAGCUAUUUCGCGCACUUGCCUUCGUGUAAAUGACGUUGAAGUUGAAACUGAAAAUAUCGCGCGCUACAUAGUGAUCUCAAUAGCAGCAGCAGCAGCGCGGCGGUAGCAGGCGCUACAGUGAGUAUGACGCAGUUGUGCGCCCGUGCGCACUAAAGGAGAAAAUCACAAAAGCAUUGGGAACGUGUCGAACGACAGCACUUAAUUGACUACCUCAGCAAUACAGGAGCGUAGCGCGGUUAGCCGCGCCUCAGGGGCGCUUCAUUUGAAUUUCACUCAGCUAUCUCAUUGGAGUAUUACAAGUAUAAAUAUAUAUAUAGAGAGAGUAACUAAUAAUUGGCGAAUCGUCAAACUUCGUAGUCACUAAUAAUUUAAAAAACAUAAUUUUAUAAGAAAAAUCUAGUUUUUAUUGCUUUUAUAUGUAUUUUUAGUUGACAUUUUCAUUUCUCAUUUUAAGUUACAUGCACUUAUAUAAUAAUAUUUGUGUCAGCACUUGUGAACAGUUAACAGAAAUGACAAAACAAUGAAAUCUUAUAGGUCUUCCCAACUUGUAAAGUAGUUUGCACUUAAUGUAUUUACAUUAUGUGCAUAGAGCAUAUACAUAUAUUUAAAUAUUUUUAUUUAAUUUUAAAACUAUUUGUAAAUUAUUUAUCUAGUUUAUAAGAAAUUAAAAUUUUUUCAGAAAAGAAUAAUUGAAAAAGUAAUACCUGAAAGAAAAAGCACUAAAUUAAACAAAAGAUAAUAAAACUGAAUUUUAUCAUUUGAAACUAAAAAAA